CCGGGCUUGGAAGUUGUCCUUCCCCGCCACCAUCCACACCAGCCUCCCCCCCCUUCCCCCACAACUUGAGGGAAACAGUAAGUGAGUGUGGGAGGAGGAGGAAGAAGAAGCAUUUCCCUGGUUGGUGGUACCCGUCACCUCUCCGGUGCGAAGCCUCCUCGGUUCCUCCCCCCCCCCCACAGACAUGGAGCGCUGGAAGGGACGCGUGGCUCUGGUCACCGGGGCGUCGGUGGGGAUCGGUGCGGCCAUCGCCCGGGUGCUGGUUCAGCACGGCAUGACGGUGGUGGGCUGUGCCCGGAGUGUGGACAAAAUCGAGAAACUAGCUGCUGAAUGCAAGAGUGCUGACUAUGCAGGUACCUUAGUUGCACACAAGUGUGACCUCACCAAUGAGGAAGAGAUCCUUUCCAUGUUUUCUGCCAUCAAGUCACAGUACCAAGGUGUGGAUGUGUGCAUCAACAAUGCAGGCCUGGCCCAUCCUGAACCUUUGUUGUCGGGGAAGACUGACCUAUGGCGGAACAUGAUUAAUGUUAACGUGAUAGCAAUGUCUAUCUGCACCCGGGAGGCCUACCAGUCAAUGAAAAUGCGAAAUGUUGAUGAUGGACACAUUAUUAACAUAAAUAGUAUGAGUGGCCACCGAGUGAUCCCAUCCUCAGCAACCCAUUUCUACGCAGCUACAAAGUUUGCAGUUACUGCCCUGACUGAAGGGUUAAGACAAGAGCUUCGAGAAGCACAGACGCACAUACGGGCCACGUCUGUAUCUCCAGGAUUGGUGGAAACAGAGUUUGCAUUUAGGCUUUAUAACAAUGAUCCAGAAAAAGCUGCAGCAACAUAUGAGAACCUUGAGUGUCUGAAAGCAGAGGAUUUGGCCAGUGCUGUUGUUUACAUUUUGAGUACGCCUUCUCAUGUUCAGAUUGGAGACAUUCAGAUGAGACCUACUGAGCAGCGAACAUAGCAACCAAGGAAGGAGCAGCCAGGGAUGUCUAUGAGCAAAAUAGAUUACGGCGCAAGACCUCUGCUGGACAGUUUUUUAAAAAAAAAACCGAUGUGAUACUAAGGGUUAUAUAACGUCCUAUUUCAUUUGGCGACUGGUAGAAUUCAUCUUUCAUUUUCUCCAAGGAAAUGUUUGCCUGUGCUGAGAAGUCUGCUGUAGGAGCAGAACAGAAUUAUUUUAUUUUAAGGGAAACUUUAAUUUUAUUUUGCCUUUUGCUUCUGACUGUUGCAGAUCAUUUUAGUGCCAACUGUGGCAGUAAAGGUGCAAAAAAUGUAUGAAGGAUGAUUGUGCUGCAUAUAUAUGUGGAGAAAAUGAUUCUUGAUCACCUGUCUUUCUAUCUUAUUGGACAAUUGUUUCGUUAACCCAAGCUAACAGUUAUGUGACUGCUUGUGGUGUGCAUACCUGUUGGUCUCCACUCUGGUUUGCACUGAGAAUUCAUUGUACCGUUUGGUGAAAAUGUUAACAGUUUUGAAGGGAUUAUUUUUACAGGGUAUAAUUGAUACCCGACUGUAAUAAGUAACCAGUCCCGUUGCUUGAUAGUGAUGCCAUUAAUUAAUUUUAAUGUUUUCAUUGCUGCUUCAGUAUGAAUUAGAAUAACAUUAUGGACCAGGAAACAGUAGGUUUAUCUAGUUUUUUAUAUAUAAUUUUUUAAAAAGGAAAGGCCGAGUUCACAGAAUAAUAGGGCACUUAAUAUAAUCGAAAAUACCUUAAAUAUUUCUUUUUGUUGUCUCGAUCUUAAAUUCAGUUUUAAUUCCCACUAUUCAAACUUUUUUUCUAAGUUUAUUCUAUUGAAAUGAAGCCCUUAUAUAAUAACUGCACCUGGCUACUCACUGAACGACAUUCCUCCACUGUCUUGCAUAACAACCUUCACCGUUGUCUAAAACUAAAAGAUUUUUCUAGAGUUUUGAUGUGAUUGAAAUCUAGAACAACUGAACUAGAGUACUAUUGGUUGUUACCUAUUUGUAAUUCUUGAAUAUGACUGAAAAAUCCCUAAUACUAGGUUUCUUUGUAACUUCAAUAAUGUUGAGAGUAAGAUCUGUACAACUAACUUGUUAAAGAUUGACUAUAUAAUUCAGUUUAUUAUAAUCAGUCCAAGACUUUGAACAACACUUUGCUUCUUCUAGAGUUGCAUAAAUUGUCGACUACUUAGUGAUUGUAUUUUGCUGUCAGAUUACAGUAAAGUAGAUGCCUCUUUGAAGGUAGUGUCACCUGAGGAUAUAACACAAGAAGCAAAUAGAACAUAGAACUUGGAGCAGUACAGCACAGGAAAGAGCCCUUCAGCCUACAAUGUUGUGCCAAGCAUGGCACCAAGUUUAAUUCAUCCCUUCUGCCUGCCCUUGGUCUGUAUCCCUCUAUUCCAUGCAUAUUCAUGUGCUAAUCUAAAAGCUCCUGAAAGACCCUUGUGGUAUCUGCCCCCAUCAUCACUCCUGGCAGCACGUCUAGCCACCUACCACACUUUUUUUUUUAAAAAAAACUUGCUCCUCACAUCUCCUUUGAUCUUCCCCCUCCCCUCUCACCUUAGAUGCAUGCCAUGUAGACCUCAAGCUAAAUACCAGAGGUGAUGUCUUGGUCAGACAGGAUAAGGCUUUUCUGGUCAGUUUUAUUUUGGCUCGCAGAUCAAAUCUCCAACCCCAGUUGAUGACUUGUUCUCUAUAUAUCUACAUCCUUUCAAGUACUCAGCCAACUUAUAAUCAACACUGUUCCCUUGUUCCACUUGAUCAUGGGCAUCUCUGCCAGACUUAAAUGACAACUGAAAAGUUAACAUUGUUCUACUGUUGACAGAUCUGCUGACAGUUUCUAGAAUUUUCUUUUGUUUUAUUAAAUCCAUAUUUCUAAUAACUAAACACAACAUUAUUAAUUUUCAUGUAAUCAAGAACAGUGUAUCAUAACGCAGCACACAUCUGCCAUGUUUAGUUAAUAAUAAACAUGUGUAUGGUGAUCGUUUCAAAGCGACAGCUACUGGAUAUAUAUAUCUUUACAAUUCACAUUAGAAAAUGCUUUUGAUUUGUGAUUUAAAUAAAUCUACCAAGUCCCAUUCACCUCAACAGGAUGAGAAUCAUAAGUUACAUCUGAAAAACCACAAACUUUUUUCUCUCAGUUCUGAGAAUGAACUUACGAUUUUUCUCUGUGGUACGGUCACUUGUAAGAGUGAAAGUUAACUAAAAAAGAAUGUACUCAGUAUAAUUUAUUCAGAUGGGAAGUGAGCUUCUUUGAUAGACCAGAAGAUUUGAUUAAGGUGACAGCUCAUCCAUUUCUUGAUUCUGAUUAAUAGCAAAUGGCCUGAAAGUCACUUGGUAGAAGACAGUCCUGAAACGUUAAGUGAAUUGUCGCAUGCUUUGAGGUGAAUAGUUUGGCAAUUAAUUCAUGUGCAAGAUGUUGACACAGCUUUGCUGCCUUCUGCUCAAUUAGUAUGUUUGACAUUAAGUUAAUCAUUUAACAAAAGGGAUAUGUUUGAUCAAACAUUGCUCACUCUUCAGUGAAGUAUGCUGUAGAUUUCAUAGUUCAAGCUGCUGAUUUUUGUUUUGCCCCUGCAACCUUGCUGGAUGUUUCUUCAUAUUUUUCUCAUGCUCCCUUAUCUCUCGAAGGUGAGUGUGCUGAAUGGAGAAGAAGGGAUGAAGGGAGAACGAGGAGGUGAAAGAAAUGAAAAUUUUGCUCAGGCUCCUGCCAGUCAUCCUUGCUAAUAUAUGCAAAUGUUUGAAAUUAGGUAAAGAUUGUAUUGGAUGUCGAUUGAAUAACCUACCACAAUAUUUCUAAGCUCUUGCUGGGAACUCUUUUGUAUUUUUCAAGAAAGCAUUCUUAAUUUGUAUACAGAAAAACUUUUCAAUUGUGCUGUUGCUCACUCAUCCCAAAUUUAUGGGUGGUGUUACAGGUUUUAGCACCUCAGUUGAUAUUUCUGACUUUCACUCAUUGUUGCAGGAAAACUACUGAAGGCUAUAAAAUUGUUGGUAGUCACUUUUUUGUUUGCAAACACGUUCAGCAUUGUAUUCCUGAAAAAUAUAUAUUGAAUUAAUAAAAAUUGAAGAACUGUGAAGAUUGGACUCUGAAAAAGCAAAGACCCAAUCCUGCUAGAAUUACCUCAUAUGUAAUGUACAUGUCCUUCACAGCUGCCCAUUUUCCAAACGUUUCCAGGUUAUCAAGAACCUAAAGAGCAUAUUCCCUCUUUGUGCUGAACUAUACUUAUGUGCCCUGUGACAACAAAAACUGUAUUCUUUGGAUAAUACAAUAAAAAUAAUAAUUAAGUGGUUAAUAUGAAGAAUAGUUUCUAAAGUGUUGUCUCCUUGGAAAGCAAUAUUUGUAAAUCCAGUUUCUGCCAAAUUUAUUUCCAUCGUUUUUGUUUCUGUCGUCUUUGCAAUUUAACUUGAACGCUGUGUUUUGCAAUCCAGUUGUAAACAUUGCUGUGAAUUCUUUUUGUUAGCCAUCAGUUGUGAGCCAGUUCUACCUUCUUAGCUACACUGUUAAUAUCUUCUCAGAUGCCAUUGUUGUACAAAUUAAUAUUUAAUGUGAAAAUGAUAUUUGGAUGUGUUAGUUGCUAGAACCCACUGCCUAAACUGGAAAAAAUGUGAAGUUCUGGUGUGCAAAUAGUCACUGUUCUCUAGAGCAGAACUCUGGUUAAAUGUUUUCUCCUAUCAUUACCUGUAUAACUGCUGAUUUUGGAUUGUUGAACACUUAAAGUUCAUUAUCAUGGAAAUUGGAAUGAAUGUCACACGCUAGGACUAGAAUGUUCAGGUACUUUUGGGCAUCUUCCAGGUCAGGUUUGGUAGUUGAAGUGAUGUGAUCACGUGCAAGAUAACAACUUUGUUUGUCACGGUGACUGCGUUUUCAGUCAGUUGACAGUAAUUCAGCAUAUAAAGUAGAACCCCAAUUAUCCGAGCAAGACGAGCGGAGAGAUUUUUUCGGAUAAUUGAUCAUUCAGAUAAUCUAUUGAUCGUAAACAAAUGGUAAUCUGAGAACCGGUUAUCCACCAUUUCUCGUUUAUCUUGGCAAUGCACACCAAAGGUGUCAUUUAACUGAUAACUGAAUGCUGAGUUGCCUAAUGCCAUUUUCAUGGGACUUGGGAUUUUGUUCGGAUAAUUUGAAAUUCGGAUAAUCGAUGUUCAGAUAAUUGAGGUUGUACUGUGGUUACACUUAAAGACCGGAGUUGACUGGUAUUACAAGGGCUAAUCUCUGUUCUAAGCAAAUGGCUUAACAGGUUGGGAGUGUGCAAUGUUUGAAGUCACUUCUAUUGCAGUGAUGCUCUGCGACGCAAACCUUAAUCCAUUGUCAUCUGACAUGCACAUGUAGAUCAGUUUUUUUUUAAUCCCCAUUUAUUCUAUUCACUGAAUCUUUUCAUAAUGUUGAAGUAAAAUGUGUCAUAAAGCAAAUUUAUUAAUCUGUGCCCAGAGUCUGAAGUGAUCUCAUAAGCUCCGUUGCAGGGCAAUAUUUUGUAUCUCUUAAGAACCUUUAGCUUGCUGUCUUUUAAUGCAAGAUGUCAAUUUAUUUCAUUUAAAAUAUAUGUUUUGGUAAUUUGUUGUGAGCUACUUUUUAAGGUGCGUAAUUGUAACAUUAUGUAUCUUCUUUAUGACCUUUUUUAAAAAAAUUGUUCUGGAAUCCAAUUGUUUGGAUUCAAAGAACCACUACUUUAAUAAUUAGUAAAAAUCAGUAAAGUCCUACAAAUCACCAAUUUAUCCAUCCGUAUUUUUAAAGACAUUUCAACCUCCACACUCUGCAUUUGUAUUUGACAAGACUACACUGUUUCUCCUGCAAUAUUCAAUAUGCCUACUGUCCAUAUUGAGCAUCAUUACCUAAAUGAAUCUUAAUAAAUUCAGUUUAUUUCUAUUGCAAUCUGCUUACCCUGUUUUGUCGGGUCAUUUUUUUUUGUCAUUAAAUUAUCUAAAAUCUGGUUAUAUUCUUUGUAAAGAUUAACGUUGUGUCUAAAUCAAACCUCUUUUAAAAUGUCCAUUUUCAUUGGUUUUUUUUGUAGUUGAUAAAGAUGAAGUUGGAGUAGAAUUGAGAAAUAAAUGCCCAGCCUGGAUGUAAACAGAGAGCAAUCUGUAUUUCCACCCAGAAAUGUCCUAGAAUUUACUGCGUUGCUAUUAAAAACAGGUUAAGCAUCAGACUUUUAUUUUUUAGUUGUUGAGCUGUACACAAUUGAGUCGAACUGUUAGAUGGUAUCUUUUCAAUUUUGGAACUGAUUUCAAAUAGGCUUGAGUUUUCCAACUACACUCCAAUGUUUGUACUGUUUCUGCAAAAGUUAACCAAUGCUGCUAA